CUUUCCUCUCUACAUUCUUCGCAUCAAAUCAAUACAAACACUGACUCGACUAUGACAGUUAGAGAAUAACCUGUCAGAAAUAAAGAAGAAAAGAAAAAGAAAAGAAAGAUGGACCCCACCAUACUGCGCGAACUCUCCCGACUCGACCCCGCGGUCCCAUUCCGCGCGUCCACCCAUCACAUCCAUCACACCUGGGCCAAAACGUUAUACUCCCGCCCCGAGCUCUACAUCCAACCGCAGUCGAUCGCGGAGAUCCAAAAAGUGGUGACCUUGGCGCGACGAUGCCGUCGACGACUCGUAACCGUCGGCAGCGGCCACUCGCCGUCCGACCUGACCUGCACGUCCGCGUGGAUGGUGAACCUGGACGGAUUUAACCGCGUGCUGGAGGUGGAUCGCGACACAAACAUGGUGACGGUCGAGGCGGGUAUCCGGCUGCGCGACCUCGGAGAGGAGCUGGAGCGACGCGGGCUGACGCUAUCGAAUCUGGGCAGUAUUGAUCACCAGUCGAUCGCGGGGGUGAUCGCGACGGGAACACAUGGGAGUUCGCUGCGCCAUGGACUGCUGUCGGAGUGUGUUGUCGCCUUGACGCUGAUGUUGGCGGAUGGGCGGCUGGUGCGGUGCAGUGAGACGGAGAAUCAGGCGCUCUUCCGCGCGGCGCUCAUUUCGCUCGGUGCGCUCGGCAUCGUCGUCGAGGUGACAUUCCAGGCGGAGCCGAUGUUUAAGGUCGCGUGGCGACAGGCGCGGGUGGACCUGUCCGAGGUAUUGGCCAAGUGGUCGGGCCCGCUGUGGACGUCGCAUGAGUUUGUCCGUGUCUGGUGGAUGCCGUAUCAGCGGAGUGCGAUUGUCUGGCACGCUGACAAGACCGAUCGUGAAGUGCGUGCGCCGCCGACGAAUUUCUAUGGGGGCUCUCUGGGGUAUCAUAUCUACCACAAUCUGCUGGCGCUCUCGAACUACUUCCCGCGGAUUCUGCCGUGGGUGGAGUGCUUCGUGUUUGGUUUGCAGUACGGGUUCAAAGCAGGCGCGACGGUCACGGAGGCCGUCCAGCCCGCCCGCGACGGACUGCUGAUGAACUGUCUCUAUUCGCAGUUUGUCAAUGAGUGGGCGCUGCCCCUGGAGAAGGGCCCCGAGGCUCUCAUCCGUCUGUCGGCCUGGUUGAACGGGGAUGUCGAGACGGCGCGCAUUCCGUUCCCCGUCGACGGUCUGUGGGUGCAUUGUCCGGUCGAGGUCCGCGUCGCCGACUCCACGCACAACACCAGGCCCCGCCCCUUUUUGGACCCUACCUGCCAUGAUGGACCGACCCUGUACCUCAACGCCACUCUGUACAGGCCAUACCUCCGGGACCCGCCUUGCACGGAACGGUACUACGAGGCGUUCGAGUGGCUCAUGCGGGAGAUGGGCGCGAAGCCACACUGGGCCAAGAACUUUACGACCGGCCGCCAGGAGCUGCGAAAGAUGUACGGCAAAGACAUGAACGAGUGGUUGAAGGUGCGACAGGAGGUCGACGCGGAGGGGAUGUUCCUCGGCGAAUGGCACCACCGUACUUUGCCCCUGCCCGGUGUGAGUAAUGACGAUGAUGCAUCGGAGGCUGCGAGGUCGACCGCUUUGCCGCUCUUGGAGCGCGAAAAGGCUCGUCGGCCGGCUAACUUCCGCGGUGCCGGCGAUGGCCAGGAGUGGAUUGGCGAUAGGGCAGGCCAGGGGAGCACAGCGCUCCAGGAUGUGUUGCUGAACCGAAGCGAGAAACCCUGUCCCAGUCCUCCCACGAGCGAGGAGAGUUUCGACCUCCUCGCUGCCAGCGAGGCCAGUGGGAUUCUUCCUAACGAGCGCAGGUGAGACGAUAGAGACGAUCUGACUGGGGAAGAGAAGCCUCAACGCAGAAGCAACCAGCCAGAUGUUUUUCUUUGGCUGGAUGUGAGUUAACUUGAUGGAUGAAUUUUUCUUCUUUUCUUUACGUAUUUUUCCUUCAAUUUUCUUCAAUUUUCUUCCAUUCUUCUUCCUACCCUUUUGUUGUCUCACAACACUCCCAGUCAUCUGACUUGGUACUUAUUGCUCGUGGAUUGGGCCUCUGUUUGCUAGAUUCGGGAUUUGGGCCGGCUCGCAGUCGCAGCGAGUCAGAUGGAUAGAGCCCUCCCUCAGUCCAGUGGAAGGCAUGACGUCGGAGUAUCCGCACUCCGUAUGGGAGAGCGACUUGAGAUUCGAGCCACAUCCCUACUGGUCACGGUCCUUUUCAGCCUGUUUCUCUGGUUGGAAGGGUUGUGAUGUGAACAAUCCAUCAUUUGACCCUGUUUAAAACAACUACGGGUCAACAAGGCUUGUCUCACGCCCCCGAUAUCACGGACACAGACACGAUUGUCCCACCUACAAGGCCAUGUACAUACACUCCAUAGCACAUACAUUCAGACAGUCUACUGUCC